AGAAAACGUCCACAAUCAUGUGUUACGUCAAAAAGUCAUCAAAAAUUGUGGUUUCUCAAAUUACACUUUAAAAACUUACAUCACAAGUUUUUUUCCGAAAUUUCAAGGUACAUUUUCAUUUAUAAUUUGGCAUUUCUUAAAUUACGCACACAGGAAAUAGAUUUUUUAUUUGAGUUGUUAUUCAGUGAGUUUAUAGAGGCACAACAAGAAUAUAUCAUUGAAAAAUAGUAAUUAAAAAAGUAUAUAAUAAUGAGUCAGCAAGAGAAAAAUGAACCUAAAAAUGACGAUAAGGAAUUGGCCGAUUUGUUGGACAGUGCUCUUCAAGAUUUUGGAGGAAAUGCAGCCAAAAAUGAAAACCCUUCCGAGGAAACUAAACCAAAUGAAGCAAAAGAUGGAGAAAAGACUCAACUAGAUAUUCCUCAAGAAUGGUCUCAGGAUUUCAUUCAACAAGCUGCAUCAGAAUUUGAGGAAAACUUUGCUAGACUAUUAACCGCUGGCAAUCCUAAUGCCCAACUUAGUCCGGAUAUAGUUCAGGAAAAAUUGAAACAAAUGGCAGAUGCUGCCCAACAAGUCCUGACAAACCCUACAGAAGUUACUGACCAAUCAGUUGACUUUGCUUCAAGUAUAUCUCAAGCAAUUGCAGGUAUAAAUCAGGGUCAAGAAAAUCUAACUAGAAACGCAUUCAAUGAAGAUGAUCUUAUGAAAAUGUUUGGCGGCACACAACAGGAAGGAGACUUGUUGCCUUUUAUGCAGGGUAUGAUGCAAGGUCUAUUGUCCAAAGAAGUUUUAGGACCCAGCCUACAAGACUUUGUGACAAAACUGCCUGCUUAUUUAGAGAAAAAUAAAGAUACUUUGUCAAAAGAAGAUGCGGAAAGAUAUGGAAAUCAAAAAAAGUUAAUGGAAGAGGUUUUAGAAGAAUUAAAUAAAGAGAAAGAUACAGAUAGUACAGAGGUGAAAAAAGAGAGGUUUUCUACUGUGCUUGCCCUUAUGCAAAAGCUUCAAGACUAUGGUCAACCCCCUGCAGAAUUAGUGGGAGAAGUUGACACCCCAUUUGCUUUUGAUCCUCUUGGUAAUCCUACAGGAAUGCCAAAUGCAGACCCAGCGGCCAACCCUGAGUGUUGCGUUAUGUAGUUUAAAAUUAAUUUAAAGAGCAGAAGACUUGAGGGAAUGGGAAAAAUCAAAAUUGUUAAUUGGUGGAAACUCGAUCUGACAACCAUGUUAUAAAACUUUGUUUAUUUUUUAAACAAUAUUAAUUGUUUUUCUUGUGUUAGUUUGUGUUGAUUUACUUGUCCUCGACUGUUAGUUUUAAUUGUUUAUAACGGUAUGAGGGUUUAAAAAAAAAAGUAAUUUUUAUUAUUAUUAUUAUUAUUUACGUCUAUAGUAUAUAGGUACUUAAUAGUAGCUGUGAGUUUGUGAAAUGUCAGGACCAAGAUUGUAUCUGUAAUAAGAUGGUCGACAAUAAUAAACAAUUAUUGAUAGGUGAUU